UUUCAACAUUAGUGGAUGACCCAAAAUAUCAAACGUUGCAAUUUGUAAAACAGCCACUCUGUUGCUACAUUAUUCUGAUGAGUCAAAUACGACUAAAGCAGAUAUUACUUUAAACCACUUAAGAAAAGAAAAUCUACUCAACACAACCACAGCUGGGUUUUCACUCUCAUUAGUUCGUGAUACACUAUAUCUAUUUGUCAGUGGAAGUGACAAAUGCUUAGAGUUUGCUCAGCAAUUGGCUAAAUGUAGCGUGGUGGAAUUAUUUAACGAACAUUUCACUUUACAUAAAAAUGUUCAGAGCACUCAGUCACAAUAUGUUAAUGGUAAAAUGAUUUUGACGUUAGACAACAUAGCACGCAGGAAGGACGCCAAAAAAUUGGUUUCUUUCCAAAAUUUGAAGCAUACAUUAAUGGAACUAAAGUUUAAAGAUUCUUAUAUUUCACUCAUUGCAAAAAUGAUACUUUUGCAAAUUAUAGAAGAUUCUGAUACAUUACUUGUAACAACAGAUGAAAUACAAACCGUGAUUGAAUACAUAAAAGAAGCGUGCAAAGUACCUGAUAAACGCUAUAAGGGAUUCCAUCGUUCUGAACUACUUCAAGCCCUAGCGAAAUUUGCGAAACAUCCUGAAGCCUACCAGGAGAUCAUUCCUUUACUUGACACAUUGAAUAAUGUUCUUGAUGAAGAGGAUCUGGAGGAAUUGGAACACACGACGGAAUGUUUGAAAGAAAUGAGUGGAAAUUUAGAGGCAAGCCAACUAAUUUUAACAAAUCAAGAUUUAACAUCGAGACUGGUCCAGCUAGAUAAUUCUGGAAAUAGUGACAUUGAUCAAAAUAUCAACGACAUAUUUUGGAAAGGCGGACGAUCAACUGGGAUUCUGACUACUAUAUCAGGCAAAGUUGUAUCUGAUGAAUUUCCAAAGCAUUUUGAAAUUGAAACAGAUGAUAUUGGAAAAGGUUUUUUCGGGAGUGUACAUCUUGUCAAAGACACGCAAAAACCUGAUGAACGAAAGUUUGUAGCCAAAAAACUCAAAAAUCUUGCACAAAUGGCUAUCUCUCUGCAUGAAGCUGAGGUUCUGUUAAAGACAAAGCAUCCACGGAUUGUACAAUUUCAUGGAUUUAUGAAACAAGACGACACUUUUAUCAUCUUUUUGGAAUAUUUAAAACAUGGAACGCUGGCAACAUUUGUUUCAAGGAGAGGUUUUUUAGAAGAGACGUUGACGCGACAAUUUACAAUUCAAAUUCUUGAUGGUGUACAGUACCUGCAUAAAAAUAAUAUUAUUCAUAGGGAUAUAAAAGGCAACAACAUCUUAAUGGUAGAUGAGAGUGCCGUGAAGUUGACAGAUUUUGGAAUCUCCGAGUUUAUGGAUGACCAUGUUGCGGCAACAGAUGUGGGAACAGUGAGGUAUAUUGCGCCUGAAUUAAUUACUUCAGACGACGGCAGGAUAACUAAUUACACCAGCAAGGCUGAUAUUUGGAGCGUUGGCUGCACUGUUAUAGAAAUGUUGACAGGAAAACCACCCAACUCUUCAGUCCCUACACCACUGGCUAUUUUAAGAAUCGCCAACAGUGAGCCGCUACAUUACCAACUUCCUCCAUCUUCAUCAGUUUACUUACAAGAAUUUUUAGACAAAGUUUUACACAGAGAAGCUAAACACAGACCAACGGCUGACUGGCUGCUGAAGAAUGAUGCAUUUGUCAAUGAGGACUACGCCAUAAGGCUUUAA